AUGAAAUUGCGCAGUGUGCAUAAGGACACGAGUGACGCGGGCGCAUUAUGCGCGGGGUCACGUGACGACCCAUGGCGUCAGACGCGCGCCCCAGCGAGCCCGCAGAUGGCGCCAGGAGACGACGAGAAUACUCCAGGUGACAAACAUACUGAAUACUCUUCUCAUAUACAGUCCCCGUACGUGACGCUGGGUGCGGUGCGGUACGCUGUCCGCCGUGCACCGCCGCCGCGGGCUUGCCCCUGCCGCUGCUGCUCUGAGGAGGCGGUGGCGGCGUGCCUCGGCCGCGCCAAGCCCGAUCGACGCACGCUGGAUCGUAUCCAACGGCGGCUGGGCCGCGGCUCGCGCGACGAGCGGCCCUCGCGCCAGCAGCGCCUGCAGGCCCUCACCGAGCGGCUCCUGCCGCGCCCGCACCCCACACCGCCCCCGCCGCCACCACCGCCACCGCCACACUCAGCUCCAGUGCUGCCACCGGUGCCACCGCCACGCUCCCGACACCGACACAGCCCACCGCGCGGUGUCUCUGUUGAUCGGUGUGAUGAUUUCGACACGGAUAAAAUCACACUUGUUCGCGUAGAGCCUCGCUCUAUCGUGGGAUCCUAUGCGCAAAAAACUAUACCGUAUCGUAGUGCUUCUUUCUCUCAAGGUGAUUUUGCACAAGAUAAAUAUUAUAGGCCCAAUAGGAAUCAAUCAAUUUUUGAUUUCGGUAAACGACCUGCAAAAUCUGUGUCUGAGUGCGCGAGUGCAAAACGUCGCGAUGCCGAGACCGUAAGUCUCACUACCGAUGAAAAUACUACUGAAGGUGGGUCAGUAGCGUCAGUUGACUCCGCGGUAGGGUCUGACGAGGGGUUACUCGCGCAUGCGUCUCCUGCGCCGAGGUCCCCGCCGCCAGAUGCUCCUCACAAGCAGCUGAGUGGUCGGUCGUUGACGCACCCGCUGCCGCGACGAAUCCCUCCAGUGCGGGAGGAGGGCGCGGUCGAAGCUGGUGGUAGUUUGCCAGCACUGACACCACCGCGUGUCUUACAUGAACUCCGUGAAGAAAGUGAUGGCUCGCAAGCCGACAGUGCACAAGCGCAUAGUGAAGGUACUUCACCGCUAGAACCCCAACCUUUUGCUUUCCCUCCUCUCCCUGAACCUCCUACGAACGCCUGUGCUAAUGUGGACUGUGAUUGUACGAAUUUUCCUAAUACGAUAGAAGAGUGUCCGGAAGAAAAUCUUAUACCUGUGCCUGUGUAUGAGUGUAUAGUGAAACAGUGGUCAAAGGAGUUACCGCAGGAGGAGCCACAGCGAUCAGACGCCGCGUCUGAUGGUUCGUUGGAUCGAGAUAAGGAAGAUGAAACCAUAACAAGUGAACAGGUUGCCCACUUACUGGCUGCAGUGCAGAAUCCUUGCACGCCCGCACCUAUCGGUGCCAGAGAAAGACGCAGACCUCUAGAUAAAACAAAAAGAAGGAAAGGAAUAUAUAUCACAACGCCGAGUGACGAUGGUGGGGAAGAAGAAGGCCCACCUUCAGUGAACGGUUGCAAACGCGAAAGCAGUGAGGCUUCGCUACAAGAUAUGCGUCUUUCAGCAGAAACGCGAACUUCAUCGCUACUCGGUGAUAAAUCAGAUGACUCAUGUACUAACGGACCUCCAAGUCCGUGUGAGGGAGCAGCCCCGAUGUGGCCGAGGUCCGAAGAGUUAAAAGCGAGGCGAGCAAGGUUUUACCAACAAAGUUCGGAUGAAAGAGAUGACGACUCAUUCCGAACGAGACGGAAAUAUGGCGACUCACCUUCUGAAGCGGACAGUGACACGUGCUCUAGAGACAGGACUGCGUCGCCGUCUCCUUUUAGUCCAUCUGAUACUUCAGAUGUAGAAGCAAGGCGACAGCAAUUUACUAGAGGGCCAUAUGGUCAAACCUUGGAGGCUCCAUGCACUCGGUCAGUUGAAGUGGGCAGGAGGAGUUUGUCUGAUGCAACAGUGCCUUGUCGCAAAACUAGUGUUGGGGCCAUGACUUCAACACGGCCCACUGGUCGGGGUCCGACUCACGUCAGAGCAACCUCAUCGCCUUCAAAGUUGGUGGGAGUGAAGCCUGGAGCUGACUUGCUGGCCGAGCUGCUCCGAGGCAGCUCUGAAGCUCUCUCGAACUCGUCCACAUUCGACAACGUGGUAUUGACGCUACAUCAACACAAUGUGAGUACUUUUAAAACAUUCUUUGUAGUUGCUAUUGACCCCGAUUACAUCCGCAAAAAGAGCAACAAAGUGAAACGCUGCAAAUUCUGUUAUGAUGUUUAUCUCAGCAGAAAAUAG